AUGGUUGUCCGCGGUGAAUGCGUCAGAGCUCACCAAGACGCUGGAGGCUUCUACGCCAAGGAAGACGAGCGACACUUCGCCGACCCUUUGUUCACCCCGCCGAGCUCGCCAUCGUACCAACAACACCCCACGCCAUCGUCCACCGCGGUCGACUCACCCCCAAAUGUCCUGUCUUCCAGCACGUCCGCAUCUGAGCAGAGCACGCCUACCUACACAAGCAUGCAUCUUCCCCUCGAUGCGGACGAGGUCAAGACGAGCGACGCUUCGAAGAACGAUGGCGAGGUCAAGGGCUUGAAUCCGGACGAGGAUGAGGAUGCGGAUGCAGAAGGCGAAGAUGACGACGGCGAGUGGGUCCCAGCGAUCCAAGGUGGCCAGUUGCCCUCUUCGAUACCCCAGGACAAUAGCUUGCAACCCACCCUCCCGCCAUCCUCCCCGAGUACGGCGGCGCACUCAGCAUUCAUUGCGACGCUUUCGGAGACCUCCCGCACUCAGCUCGUCAUUGACAACGCGUCAAACACGCACCAUCAGCAUUCCAAUGCAGAGUACACUGCUCGUGCAAACUGCGCGGACCUUUCGGUCAACUGUAUCGGGACUGAGAACGACAACGCUAUCAGGCAAGUCCAUUCCAUACAACCGGCCAUUGCCGGUCACGGCGUCGCCGACGUCGCCGACGCCACUCAGGAUGCAUUGAACACCGCCAAUGUCCUCAACACGGGUACGCACCGUGAGGGACAAGAUGCGGGGAGCGUCGCGCCAUUCCAUAACCUCGACAUAUCCUUGUCGGAUCUGCCGGCCAACCCAGAUGUAUGGACGACGACUCAGCCUGAGCGUUACGCCGACGUCUCGUCUGCACUUUCCACCUCGCUUCGAUCGCCCUACUCCUUCACGGAAGAGGAACUACCUUUCGGCGCGUACGAUGCGAGCGGCACUCUACCGUUUUUGGGCGCCCAGCGCGGCAGCGGCCAGACGGUUUUCGGAUCUCGAUACGAGUCCCACCAACAACUCUGGGAUAACAUGCACGCGCACCAAGUCUUUUUAUCAUCUGGAAUGCAGACUGCGCACGCAGGAUUCGGUCGAGCUACUAGCGCGGGCAUCUUCUUACCCACCGACCCUUUGCACCACCACCGCGCGCCUUCGGACCUAUCGAGCUACAUAACUCCUCCGUUCGUCCAUGCUCGCAGCGCAGCCCCGGCUGGCAACGCCAUCCUGUCCUCGCGCGACGCUCAGAGCGAUCUCAUCUUCAUACCAUCGACGUCGUCGAGCCCUGUUUCCGCACUGCCGCAGUCUGCGAAGGGCAAGGGCAAGGCGAUCGCAUCCAACACCGAGCAAGGUCCUAGCGAUCACCCACGACCUGUCGCGAAGCUUCCCUCGCGCUCACGUCUCAGGACCCAGGCGUCCUCUCGUCGCACGCAAGCUGCCGCCGCGAACGUUCCUCUGCUCGACUUCCAACGCCAAGAGGUCCACUACGGGCAUGGGCAGACACAGGCGAGCGCCGGCCCCUCGCGUCUUCCCACCCACCCGUCGAGCACGCAUACUCCCAUGACAAUCGCGCCGACAUCCCCAAGCGCGGCUACGGCGUCCUCACCCUACUAUUCUUCCUCCUUCCCGUCAACAUCUCGGCCUGCGGGGUCUUGCGCGCCGUCGACCACACCAGCCCCUCCGACGCAGCAGGACUACAUGUCGAAUUUCCGCGUUGACAUCGACGAACGCUUACCUGCGCCUUAUGUCAUACACCCAGAGACUGGGGAGCUGCAGAUAUUCGUCAGAGACUGCUGCUGGGUCGGACCCAACGGAGAAGUGUGUCGGCAUGAUUAUCAGCAAAACGUCUGGAGAAAUGGCGACAUGCGAAGGACGGUGUACGCGCACCUGCUUGUACAUAAACGCACUCCGUUGGCGAACGUGUAUCACCCGGAGAAGAACCUCAGACUGGGCCCGCACGGGAAGUCAGGGUCGAAGAAGGCGAGGGGGUCCAAGGAGGCGCUAAACACAGACCGGGACCGGUGUGAGAAGGGCGAGAAAGACAAAGGAGACGAGCGGAGCCAGCAGAAAGGGCAGGAGCUAAACAGCAGUCAAGCCCGCGGCAAGAAGCUGAAGUGCUGCUUGAGAGACCCCAAGACUGGGAUAUUUUGCGGGCAGGAGUUCACGUACGGGGAAAUAUCCGGCCACGUCUGCCGUAUCCACUACGACAUGCCAGAAUGGAGGAAGCGAGGAUGCAACUCAGAUGCUGAUGCUGAUGACAGGCCUACAAAGAAGGCUCGUACAUAG